GUGGAAGGAAAUUAGCUUGGCUGGGGUAGGAGGUUAGAGCCCAGUGUGUGGAAUAAACAGCCAGACAUGGGACCUGAGCAAAGCCUGGGAGCUACACUGUUACUCCUGCAGCUGCAGUCAUCCCUGUCCUGGGGAGCCACUCCAGUGUUGGCAUCAUUAUUGGGGAAUAACCUAGAGAACUACACAUUCUCUCACACACUGUUCUGCCAGGAUAUGGAACCCCUCCUGGGUCUGUCCGAGACCUUCAAUGGGGACCAGCUCUUCUCCUUCGACUUCUCCAGGAACUCUCGGGUGCCCCGGCUGCCUGAGUUUGCUGCUUGGGCCGGUGAUGAGGGAGACAUCAAGGCCAUAGAAGAUGACAAGAAGCUCUGCCAGGAAUUGCAAAACGUUUUGAGUAGAAUUUUGGAAGGCCAAAUCCCUGAAGCUAGAGGAAACCCUGUGCCUGAAGUUUUCACUCUGGAGCCCCUGGAGUUUGGGAAGCCCAAUACACUCGUCUGCUUUGUUAGUAACAUCUUCCCACCUCAAAUAACUGUGAGCUGGCAGCACAAAGGAGUCUCUGUGGAAGGCAGUAGCCCCACUUUUCUCUCAGCUAUAGAUGGACUUGGCUUCCAGGCCUUCUCCUAUCUGAACUUCACACCCACAUCCUCUGAUGUCUUCUCUUGCAAUGUGGCACGGGAAGGUGACCUCUUCAGUGCUAUAGGCUUCUGGGUGCCUGAGAAUCCACUACCCUCUGAAUUGUUGGAAAAUGUACUGUGUGGUAUUGCCUUUGGCCUGGGAAUUGUCGGCAUCAUAGUGGGUAUUGCCCUCAUCAUCUACUCCCGAAAACCAUGUCUAAGUGGUACAGACUGAAUUGUUGGUGCCUGAGCCUGGCUUUCUUCACUUCUGUUGCAACCACUACUAUAGGAGACAUCUUUCCAGGGGAUUUCCUUCUGAGGGGAGGAGAGCACCCCCCCCCCCGCAGCUGGGAAUCCCAGAGGGCAGAGGCCCUUCCGUUGGGGAUCUCAGAGGGGCCUAUACCCUACUACUGAGGGGCUGGAAAGGGAGUUCCUGUAUUAUCCCUUCUCCUGUAUUUGUGACAAUAAAGGUUGUUUCUUAA